AUGAAGCGACUUUAUCCAUCAUUGGAUUCACUCGCCGAUCAACCAGCGGCGACAAAUUACCGUCAAACAGAUUCCCACCGUCAAUCAUCAGAAAGUAUCGAUGGCUUUCAUGAUUGUUCAAAAGAUUUAUCCGUAGACACACCCACACUCAAUACACGUGAUCCAAGUUCAGACCACUGCCCAUUAUGUAAUCAGACGUUCGAAAACUUAGCUGAACACGUUCAAAAGUGUUUAGCUGAGGAUGACAGAAAGAACGACGAGCGUCGGGGAGCAACAUCAAUACCACAAAACGAUGUGCAGAGUGCCAGCGCUUCGAGUAAGAAGUCUACUCGAGAUUGUAUUUGGUGUUUCAAAGCGGUUCCUGAAAAGGAUUAUGCAGCUCAUGUUCAAACAUGUAUUCCUCAAUCACCGGACGAUCUCGACAUGCAAACUUCUAAUGAGCGCAUGAUGAAAGAUUCGUGUUUGAAUUGCGCAUCUACUAUCAAUUCAAAAGACGGUACAGCUUUUAUAAUUCCAUGUCCAUCACGCCACGUUUACUGUAAAAAGUGUCUGCUCAAAUCAUUGAAUGCAUUUCUCGAAUCGCAAUCAACACCUGUCUGCCAUUCGAUGUUUUGUGACUAUCAGCUCUCUCGCUACGACUUAUCGUUGAUUCCCUUGGAGCCAGACACUCAUCGACGUCUUCUAACUCUUGUUCAAAACCAGCAGCGUCCCCAAUGUCCUCGAUGCCGANAAUCAAUUGCCCAAUCCAAAUGA